AUGCCUCUCGAAGUGUAUCAUCUGCACCUCAGUCAGAGCGAAAGGGUUGUCUGGCUUUUAGAGGAAAUGCAAGUUCCCUACGACCUCAAAAUCUUCCAGCGGGACCCUGAAAGCGGUGGCUCUCCUGAAGAACUCAAAAAGAUUACAUCAACCGGCACAGCCCCUUUCUUCCGCGACACCAAUAUGUCUCCACCUGUGGAGCUCUUCGAAUCCAUGGCCAUCGUCGAUUACAUCCUGUCCGUGUAUUCUGGCAAAGCGCCUGGGACACGAAUGAUCCGAACCCCGGGCGACCCGGACUAUGUGCCCUAUUUAUCCUGGCUACACUACGCUAAUGGCACGCUACAACCUGGCCUAGGUCGCAGCAUGUCUCUAGGCUUCGCGGGUCAAAACGAUUCGGCUAUCGGCAAGCGCUUCGGCGAUAAGUUCAAGAACGCUCUGAAGCUCGUCGACAAUCGACUUUCAAAGACCAGGUAUCUAGCUGGCGAGGAGCUUAGUGCGGCGGACGCGAUGACGGUGUUCACUUUGACGACCAUGCGUGGAUUUUAUCCUGUGAACCUGGCCCCUUUUAAGAAUAUUUUGAGGUAUCUAAGCGAUGUAGCGAAGAGGCCGGCGUAUUUAGAGGCAUUGAAGAAAGCGGAUGGGGGUAUGGAGCCAAUGAAUCAGGCCAAGACGAGGAAGUUCUUGGAGUUUGCAGCUUUCCGGCCGUUCUUGGAUACAACAGAAGAUGGUGUGGAGUAG